AUGGAAUCUCAAACGAGGCUCUCCCCGAUGCCUCCUGUUCCCUCAUUUCCCACAUCGCCGGCUGGGACCCGCAAGCGCUCGAUUCAUGAAGUCGAUGAGGAUAUCGUCCCAUCGCCAAACGCCAAGCGACCGUUGACGGAAUCUGCCGGUGAAAAUCAGGAGAAUCGCGAUCCUUCCAUUCCCCCACCUGCUGAUAAUGCGGGUUCCACAUCUCAAUCUCCGAAGUCUAUGAUGACACCUAGUCGCUCUGUUGAAGUUGUGGUGAGAAGCUCUCCGAGACACUUGGAGAAUUACAAAAGUCGUUCCCAAGAACUAACCUCGCCGUUGAACAAGGCUUCAAACCCUGAACCUGACAUGCCGGCUUCUAAGAAGCGUAAAGUCGCAUCGGCUGGCCAGGAUGCCAAGCAACAAGAAAAGGAGGCCAAAGAACGCCAGAAAGCGGAAGAGAAGCUGAAGAAAGAGGAAGAGAAAGUCAAGAGGGAAGAAGAAAAGGCAAAGAAGGAAGAAGAAAAACGCACAAAGGCAGAAGAGAAGAAGAAGAGGGAUACAGAGCGAGAAGAAGAGAAGCGCAAGAAAGAAGCCCAUCGCGAAGAGGAGAGGAAACAGCGCGACGAGAAGAAGAAAGCAAAGGAAGAUGAGAAGGCUGCUAAAGAAGCCGCCAAAGAAGAAGAGAAACGCAAGAAGGACGAGGAGAAGGAGAAGAAGACCCGAUCGCAAAUGAAACUGAACUCCUUCUUUGCCAAACCCCCACUGCCUUCUGCCCCUGCUGGACAUGUGACCGCUGUGCCCUCCUCCCCCAGAAAGUCAUCCAUCACAGAGGUUCCGGAAGACUCUCCUCGAGGCUUGCAGUCAGACUAUGAGCGGGAGUUUCCUCCAUUUUUCCUUAAAUCGCAUACUGUCGUGGCACCUCCUCAUCGUUUCGAACGUGAUCCUGAAGCAUUGGCGCACGUCCGUCAAAUCGUCGACUCGUCUCUUAACAAAACCCCCGCCGACGAGGUACUUCCCUUCCGGCCUUCGGAGCUCUUUCAACUCAUUCCUUUCCACCGCCGUCACAGCGAUCCCACGAAAACUGUCAGAAAUAUUGUUAUGCAGAUCCACAAGUCAGAGGAGUCAUCACACCCUGAUCAAGACUCGAGUCUCGGGUCAUCUCCAUCACCCCAGGACAUGUUGCGUAAAGUAACCAUGAAGUCUUUGAAGUUUGGUGAAGAUAUUCGCCCACCUUACCAGGGAACAUAUACGCGUCCAGUGUCCAAAUUAUCCGCGAGAAAACUUUCGCGAAAUCCUUACUAUCGAGGGCUACCAGAGACGAACUAUGACUAUGACUCGGAAGCGGAGUGGGAGGAACCCGAAGAAGGCGAGGAGCUGGACUCCGAAGAGGAAGAUGAGGGUAGUGACGAGGGCGAAGAUGACCUCGACGGUUUCCUCGAUGACGAGGACGACGCGCUCGCCGGAGGUAAACGCCGUCCGAUCGUUGGUGACCUCGAGCCUGUCACUACCGGUAUCCAGUGGGCAGCCGAUGGAGUGAACCCAGAAACCCGAGUCUACCAGAUUCAAACCAUCUCCGAUGCUGUCAAGUUCCCCAUCGAUCCCUUUUCAACUGCCUAUUGGGAGAAGCCAAAGCCAAAGCCAGUGGAGCAGUCCAGCAAAGCACAUGCUACGGCGGGUGAGAUAUUCCGCUUUCCCGCUUUCCCUGGAGCCCCAACCGCUGGCGCGGUACCUCCUUACAAAGCCAAGCGACCGUUCCCACCCGACCAACUGGCAGAGUUCAAAGAGGCGGUCGAGGGCAGUGAUCUCAGUAAGAUCGGGUUGGUCGAGAUCUUAAAGAAACGAUUCCCCAAAGUGUCCAAGGAAACGCUUAAAGCCACUCUUGAUCAAGUUGCCGUUCGUGUAGGCCAGAAGGAAGUUGAUAAGAAGUGGGUGUGUCGGUGA